GGGGCUGAGGCGCGGGCCCGCGGAGGCCGCACCCGCGUGUGCGCAGCGAGGGAGGCCGGGGCACAAAGGCGAGCGGCGGGCGCCGGGGUCCGGCGGGCCGCGGAGGAGGGGCGGCGCCUCAUGAAUAUUAACCGAGCCGCGGCCUAGCGCGCCCCGCCGCGGGCCGAGCUGCCGAGCGGAGCCCUCGCUUCCCGCACGCGCCCGGGCCGCGCUUCCCGGGAACCCGCGCAGGCGACCCGCCUCAGGAAGGGGCGGAGGAAAUAGUGGUAGGAAGGAUCUCCGAAAGCUGAUUUUUCUCUGGCCUCGGAGUAACAGCGCCUGGAAGUGAACCUCUUCUCUCUGUACUUGGCCUCUACCCUACCCGCCAAGGAAACCUGUCGCCCCUGAACUUUAAGACUGGAGAAAUGAAGAGAGCUAAGUCUGUUGAAGAGGGUAUUUGAAGGGGCUUCCUGAAAAUCGUUUUUUGACCAGUCCUUAAGCCCUGCAUCGCCUCAGAACCUGCUGUGGAAUUGCUUCCGUUUGGUGUGUGGUGGCACCUCUCCAAUGUGGACUCUAAAGGAUUUGUCCCUUUACAAUUUGAAAUGAAAUGAUGGCCACACAUUGGACUGGUCUGCCUGAGGGAGAUGGCGACAAACUCAAGGCCUGUGGGGCGGCCUCUGCCUGUGAGGUGUCAAAAAAUAAAGAUGGGAAAGAACAAGGUGAACCUGUGUCACCAUCUGAAGAUGAACCGUUCUCCUGGCCAGGCCCCAAAACAGUCAUGCUGAAGAGAACAUCUCAAGGCUUCGGUUUCACAUUAAGACACUUCAUCGUUUAUCCCCCAGAGUCUGCAAUCCAGUUUUCAUAUAAGGAUGAAGAGAAUGGAAACAGAGGAGGAAAGCAAAGGAACCGAUUGGAGCCGAUGGAUACCAUAUUUGUUAAACAAGUGAAGGAAGGAGGACCGGCCUUCGAGGCUGGCUUAUGCACAGGUGACAGAAUUAUAAAAGUCAAUGGAGAAAGUGUCAUAGGAAAGACCUAUUCCCAAGUAAUUGCUCUCAUUCAGAACAGUGACAGUACUCUGGAGCUCAGUGUCAUGCCCAAGGAUGAAGACAUUCUCCAAGUGGCAUAUUCUCAAGAUGCCUACCUGAAAGGCAACGAAGCCUACAGCGGCCGUGCCCGUGACAUACCUGAGCCCCCACCAGUCUGCUAUCCCUGGUCGCCAUCCACUCCUUCAGCCGCAGCACAGCCGCUGGAAAGAUCUCCUCCUGACUCAUUACCAAACAAACAGCAAACCAGUACACCAGUCCUGACACAACCUGGCAGGGCCUAUAGAAUGGAAAUACAAGUGCCUCCAUCACCAACAGAUGUUGCAAAAUCAAACACAGCAGUGUGUGUUUGCAAUGAGAGUGUGAGGACCGUCAUUGUGCCUUCUGAGAAGGUGGUAGACUUGCUAGCCAAUAGAAACAGCCCUUCAGGCCCUUCACACAGGACUGAAGAGGUCAGGUAUGGUGUAAAUGAGCAGGCCUCUACAAAAGCAGCAUCAAGGACCAUGCCACCGGCUUCAGUUCCCACUGCCCAUCUGAUUCAUCAGACCACAGGCUCCAGAUCAUUAGAACCUUCUGGAAUUUUACUUAAAUCUGGAAAUUACAGUGGACAUUCAGAAGGAAUUUCAAGUAGUAGAUCACAAGCUGUGGAUUCUCCUCCCGUGUCUGUCAAUCACUAUUCCUCAAACUCCCAUCAGCACAUAGACUGGAAAAAUUAUAAGACUUACAAAGAAUACAUUGAUAAUAGGAGAUUGCACAUAGGUUGUCGGACAAUCCAGGAACGAUUGGACAGCUUACGAGCUGCAUCUCAGAGCACAGCAGACUAUAACCAGGUGGCACCCCCCCGCACUACUCUGCAGGUACGACGUCGUAGCACGUCUCAUGACCGAGUGCCCCAGUCUGUUCAGAUCCGGCAGCGCAGUGUAUCUCAGGAAAGACUGGAAGAUUCUGUGCUGAUGAAGUAUUGUCCACGGAGCGCAUCUCAAGGAGCGCUGACCUCCCCACCUGUUAGCUUCAGUAAUCAUAGAACUCGUUCGUGGGAUUACAUUGAGGGGCAGAGUGAAGCCACGGCUAUUGUCAAUUCUGAACGUCAGACACCUGACUCAAAUGGGGAACGAAAACAGACUUACAAGUGGAGUGGCUUCACUGAGCAGGAUGAUAGACGAGGUAUUCAUGAAAGACCCAGGCAGCAAGAAAUGCACAAGCCUUUCCGAGGCUCAAAUUUGACUGUGGCGCCUGUUCUUAAUUCUGAUAGCAGGCGACUGGGUGGGAGAGGAGUGGGACCUGUUUCACAGUUUAAGAAAAUCCCACCGGACCUAAGACCACCACAUUCCAGCAGAAAUUUUCCAACCACGAGUGGGAUGUCAUUGUCACAGGGUGUUGCACAGGACAGGUCUCCACUCAUGAAAGUUCGAAGUAAUUCUCUAAAAGCGCCGCCUCCACCUGUCUCAAAACCAUCCUUCAGCCAGCACUCACUGGCUUCCAGGAAAGACCAAAGGCCUGUCAAUCAUCUGCAUCAACACAGUGUGCUGAGUCAGCAGACCCGGUUCAGAUCCGAGCACCAGCUGGAGACCGAGGUAUCCCCCCGUUUACCAGGAACUUCUGCCAAGACCAGUCCUCAGCUCUGUGAGAACUUGGGGACAUCAGAUUUAGAAAUACCCGCCAUUCCAAGGAAUGGAGAUCUAAACUUACAGGAGGCUGAAGUUCAGCAGCCAGAUGUGCUAGAUAAUAAAGAAUCUGUCAUCUUAAGAGAGAAACCCCAGUCUGGCCGCCAGACACCACAGCCUUUAAGACAUCAAUCUUACAUCCUGGCAGUGAAUGACCAGGAGACCGGGUCAGACACCACCUGCUGGCUACCAAACGAUGCUCGCAGAGAGGUCCAUAUAAAAAGAAUGGAGGAGAGGAAGGCUUCAAGCAGCAGCCCUCCUGCUGAUUCCCUGGCUUCCAUCCCUUUCAUAGAUGAACCGACCAGUCCUAGCAUCGACCACGAGAUUGCACAUAUUCCUGCGUCUGCUGUCAUCUCCGCCUCUACCUCCCAGGUCCCCUCCAUCGCAGCUGUUCCCCCCAGCCUCACGACCUCCGCUCCUCUGAUUCGACGUCAGCUCUCCCACGACCAAGAAUCUGUUGGCCCUCCCAGCCUGGAUGGCCAGCACAACUCAAAGACAGAAAGAUCAAAAUCGUAUGAUGAAGGACUGGAUGAUUAUAGAGAAGAUGCAAAAUUAUCCUUUAAGCACGUGUCUAGCCUGAAGGGAAUCAAGAUCACAGACAGUCAGAAGUCAUCAGAAGACUCUGGAUCCAGAAAGAAUUCUUCCUCUGAGGUCUUCAGUGAUGCAGCCAAGGAGGGGUGGCUCCAGUUCCGACCACUUGUCACGGAUAAGGGCAAGAGAGUUGGUGGCAGUAUUCGGCCGUGGAAACAGAUGUAUGUUGUCCUUCGGGGCCAUUCACUUUACUUAUACAAAGACAGAAGAGAGCAGACAACACCAUCAGAGGAAGAGCAGCCCAUCAGUGUCAACGCUUGCCUGAUAGACAUCUCCUACAGUGAGACCAAGAGGAGGAAUGUGUUCCGCCUCACCACGCCUGACUGUGAAUGCUUGUUCCAAGCUGAAGACAGAGACGACAUGUUAGCGUGGAUCAAGACUAUUCAGGAGAGCAGCAACCUAAAUGAAGAGGACACUGGAGUUACCAACAGAGAUCUAAUUAGUCGACGAAUCAAAGAGUAUAACAAUCUGCUGAGCAGUAAAACAGAACAGUUGCCAAAAACACCUCGCCAGAGUCUUAGCAUCAGGCAAACUUUGCUUGGUGCCAAAUCAGAGCCAAAGACUCAAAGCCCACAUUCUCCAAAGGAGGAAUCUGAGAGGAAGCUUCUCAGUAAAGAAUCAAAAGAUGAUACCAGUCCCCCCAAAGACAGAGGUACUUGGAGAAGAGGCAUUCCAAGCAUCGUGAGGAAGACAUUUGAGAAAAAGCCGGCUGCCACAGGGACCUUCGGAGUUAGGCUGGAUGACUGCCCACCUGCCCACACCAACCGGUACAUUCCAUUAAUCGUUGACAUAUGUUGCAAAUUAGUUGAAGAAAGGGGUCUUGAAUAUACAGGUAUUUACCGGGUUCCUGGCAACAACGCAGCCAUUUCAAGCAUGCAGGAAGAACUCAACAAGGGGAUGGCAGACAUUGACAUACAAGAUGAUAAAUGGCGAGAUUUAAAUGUGAUAAGCAGUUUACUAAAAUCCUUCUUCAGAAAGCUCCCUGAGCCGCUCUUUACAAAUGACAAAUAUGCUGAUUUCAUUGAGGCCAAUCGUAAGGAGGACCCCCUAGAUCGGCUGAGAACGUUAAAGAGACUAAUUCAUGAUCUUCCGGAGCAUCAUUUUGAGACACUGAAGUUUCUCUCGGCUCAUCUGAAGACAGUGGCAGAAAAUUCAGAAAAAAAUAAGAUGGAACCCAGAAACCUAGCGAUUGUUUUUGGUCCAACUCUAGUGAGAACAUCGGAAGACAACAUGACCCACAUGGUGACACACAUGCCUGACCAGUACAAGAUAGUAGAGACUCUCAUCCAGCACCAUGACUGGUUUUUCACAGAAGAGGGUGCUGAAGAGCCUCUCACAGCAGUGCAGGAGGAGAACACAGUAGACUCCCAGCCAGUACCAAACAUAGAUCACUUACUCACCAACAUUGGAAGGACAGGCGUGCUCCCUGGAGAUGUAUCAGAUUCAGCUACUAGUGACUCCACAAAAUCUAAGGGCUCCUGGGGAUCCGGGAAGGAUCAGUACAGCAGGGAACUGCUUGUAUCCUCCAUCUUCGCAGCUGCCAGUCGCAAGAGGAAAAAGCCGAAAGAGAAAGCGCAGCCCAGCAGCUCUGAGGAUGAGCUGGACAGUGUGUUUUUUAAGAAGGAGAAUAUGGAGCAGAGUCACAGUGAGAUUAAAGAAGAGUCCAAAAGAGAAAGCGAGACAUCAGGUAGAAAGCAGAGGGUCAUCGUUGCCAAAGAAAGUAACACUAAGAAAGACACGGGUACAGUGAAGGAGGAGAAGAAGAUACCAUCAGAAGAGCCAUCCCCACCACACAGCUCCAAACGCAACAGGUCACCAACUCUCAGCUGUCGCCUGGCCAUGCUGAAGGAGAGCCCCAGGUCACUCCUGACACAGAAGAGCCACUGUGAGGAGACGGGGUCUGACUCCGGUACCCUGCUGAGCAUGUCAUCCCAGGCUUCACUACCGAGGUCCUCCACUAGAAAGUCUGCCAGUCCGGAAAGCAAGCACAGGGAGUUCCUCUCCAACGCUGGUACCAUCACCUCGGAUUACUCCACCACAUCCUCCACUGCCUACCUGACCAGCCUGGACUCCAGCCGCCUGAGCCCUGAGGUGCAGUCAGUGGCGGAGAGCAAGGGGGACGAGGCUGACGACGAGAGGAGCGAGCUGGUGAGUGAAGGGCGGCCAGUGGAGACAGACAGCGAGAGCGAGUUCCCCGUGUUCCCCACCGCCCUGACUUCAGACCGGCUCUUCCGAGGAAAGCUACAGGAGGCUGCCAGGGUGAGCCGCAGGAACUCCGAAGGCAGUGAAGCCAGCUGCACCGAGGGAAGCCUCACGCCAAGCUUAGACAGCCGCAGGCAGCAGUUCAGCUCCCACAGGCUGAUCGAAUGCGACACACUGUCCAGGAAGAAGUCUACUCGCUUCAAGUCAGACAGUGGGAGCCCCGGAGACACCAGGACUGAGAAAGAAACGCCUGCCUUGGCCAAGAUGUUUGACGUCAUGAAGAAAGGCAAGUCGACAGGGAGCCUCCUGACACCCAGCAGAAGUGAAUCCGAAAAGCAGGAGGCCACUUGGAAAACAAAAAUAGCAGAUCGUUUAAAACUGAGACCCAGGGCACCGGCAGACGACAUGUUUGGAGUUGGGAAUCAAAAACCUACUGCAGAGACAGCGAAAAGGAAAAACAUCAAACGCAGACACACGCUCGGAGGCCAUAGAGAUGCUACUGAAAUCAGCGUCCUGAGUUUCUGGAAAGCGCAUGAGCAGAGUGCAGACAAAGAGUCCGAGCUGUCAGCUGUGAAUCGGUUAAAACCCAAAUGCUCAGCCCAGGACCUCUCCAUCUCAGACUGGCUCGCCAGGGAGCGCAUCCGCACCAGCACCUCCGACCUGAGCCCAGGCGAAGGCCCCGAGCCCCAGGCCGAGAGCCCCAGUGUGCUGGGAACACCCACCAGCUCCCACGCACCGCUGCCUCAGCAGCCUGAAGCUAGGGGUGCUGCAAGCACCUUGCCUUCAACCAGCCAGCCCCCAUUUUCCACACCACCACAGUCACCUGACCAAAUAAACGGAGAAAGCUUCCAGAACAUGAGCCAAAAUGCUAGUUCUGCAGCCAACACCCACCCCCACAAACUGCCUGAAAGUCCUGACACUGAAGCAGAGUCUCCUCCCUGCCUUUAAGCUGGGUCUGUCCACUCUAACAAGGAACAACUGCUGUUACACAGUCCAGUAACUCUGUAAAUAUUUUUCUUGUACCAGAAUUGUUAUUAUGCAGCCUUGGUUUGGGCUGGAUUCACCAUUUUGCACUGUGAAAUAGCUUUACAGUGCAUUACUACAGCCAGAAGAACACACGUAUAUAUUUAAAAGUAUAUCAGAUAGUUGUAUACAAAUAAGCAAGGUGUUUGUUGCAACUCACUACAUAGUAUAUUCCCCAAAUUACUCAAGAAAGUCGCUGCCUCCUGCAGCCAAAUUGUUCUUUUGGUUCCUCACUAACAAAAGUGCCUCACGAUAAAAGUACAUUUGAUUUUUAGGGUGCCAUAUUGUUGAAAUUAGAUAAUGUACAUUGAAUAAAUGAAUGCAUUUUAUCAGUAACAAGUUUCCUUACAUUUACCAGUUAACACAGGUGGAUACAGAACUUCCAUUCUUUAGUCAUUCCAGACGGAUCUGAGUUUUAUAUUCAAACUUUUAAUACAGUUUUUGAGUUUUGUGUGACUUGAAUUUUUAAUCUUUCUGUAAAAUACGUAAUAACUUAAAUGAACAUAUUCUAUGUGUAUCUUUUCUUCAGAUACCAGAUUUGAUAUAAAUGUUGUAACAUAGGUGUGUAGAUAGUGGAUCCUGGAUGGAACUGGCUUCUUACAGAGAAGAAUAUAAUUCUGCAUGAGGACUUUAUCCAAACCUGUGUCAUGCCUGUGUGCAUACCCAAUUAAACACUGGAAAUAAAACUGUUUUGGUGAACUUUG